AUGACCUAUUUAGAUGCGUAAAGAUUGAACGCCGAGAUCGCAGAUGGGAGUUUAGACUAAGGAUCAAUUGCGUUUUAAAGAGUGAAUGAAAGAAUGAUUCUUUAGAACAUUAAUAUGAAAUAUAAUGAAAAAAGCAGAAAUUCAAAAAAGAUUAAGAAGAGGGAAAGAUCAAGAAGUUCUAGUCUGGAAAAACUAAGAUCACUUCUAAAGGAGAAAUAGGCUAAAAAGAAUAAGAGAAAUAAGAAGAAGAAAGACAAGAAGAGAAAAGAUAAUCGAAGAAGUAGAGGCAGAAGCUCAAGUAAUGAAUCCUAGAGGGGACCUAAUGAAACAUAUUAUGAUUAUGACGAUAAUUAAGAGGAGGUGGGACCAGCUAUUCCUGACAAUUUCUAUGAGGAUUUAAAAGAAAAAGAGGAUAAGCAAAAAGAGGCAAUCAAGAAUAAGCGAGUGUUCUAACCAAUCCUAGUCAUCGUCCUGUAAAAGAAAAAGAGGAAACGUGAAGAAGACAAACAAUAACUUGAGGAGUUAGAGAGUCUUGAGAGGUUGAAAACUCAACAGAAAAUUCAGUAAGUAUAGAUCCAUUAAUAUCGUCUUUAAAACAGACAAAUGAGAGAAGAGCGAGAGAAAUAAAAAAUUGCAGCUUUAGCAGAAGAUACAGACUCAGAUAGUUCUGAGGAUCUUCAAACUCAACUUUCUUUAAUGAAGCAAAGGCUAAAUAAACUGGUUUCAAAUGACUUAGAUAUGGAAAAUGAUUUUUGUGAUUCACCCUCUAAAUUUAAAUCACCUGAUGGGAAAAUCAGAACACUUGAAAGAUCUCAAUCGAAUUUCAUUGUCAAGCAUGUUCCAAUCAGCAAUACUCAAAUAGAUUUGGAAUUCGCCAGAAAAAAGAGAGAGUUAGAACUGAUGAGAAGUGGAUCUUAAAAAGAUAUAUCUGGUAGUGAGCCUAGAAAAAGUCAAUAAGGCUCUAAUACGAAAGUGCAGAAGGAAAGUAAAUCUGAACUCUUGAGUGAACUAUUUGGAGAGGAUUACAAUGAAGAAGAAGGUGAAGCAAAGAAGAAAUUAGAAUUUGAUGAUCAAUAUGAGUUGAAACUUGAUUACCCUGUGGCUUAGCAAUUACUACUUGAAGAUUAAGUUGCCAAAAAGGCCAGAUUUAUUAACAGAAAAUCUAUUGAGCCUAUUCUUAGAGCAAUCCUUAACUUGGAUAUCAUAGAUAUGUUUAAAAACAACUCAAUUCUAGAAUAAAUACCUAACACAUUUCCUAAUGGGCACACUUAAUACCUAAAAUCUUGGGAGAGGCUUUUCCUUUAUGAGACCUAUAAUAUAAUCAUUAAUUCUAAGAGAAGUGAGGAUAAGAAUUCAUAUGGACUAUCAUAAUAAGAAAUGGGAAGAAGAUCGCAAAGAGCUUUUUCUUGGACUGGAUAUGUGAUUAAGGGAGCAGAAGAGAAUUACUUUUGCAAUGCUAGACUCUACGAAAAUCCUCCAACAUUAAAUGUGGAUAGAGGCAGAAACAAUUAAGGUUAAGAUAAAAAAGAAGAAAAUAAUGAGACUACAAACUUAAGGUAUAUCAAAGAAAGCGAUAUCUUGAUAUUAUCAACAGAGGAUCUUCUCGGUAAAGACUAUCAUAAAUACGAUGGAGAUAUAAAAAAGAUGAUAACUCCUGACUGGCUUAAACAAACACUUAUGCAAUACAAAGUAAUGCUCGCUUAUGUUUAAGAAAGGAGUAAAAAAGGGAGCACAUAUCUUGAGAUCAAAGUUGACAUCUCUAAGGCUCCCUUUUUAAAAAUUCAAGAAAAAGACGUUGGAUAUGUUAAAGUAUUCUGCUAUUAGCUAGAAUCAUUAUCCACAACGCUUAGAGAAUACAGAACCCUAAGAAUGAGUGAGUUCUUUGGACUUACUCAAACAAUACUACGACCAGAGAAAGCAUUAUAGAUAAUUAAGCAAGGAGGUGAAAAGCAUAAGCAUCAUGAAAAUAUGGAAAUAUAUGUAAAAACUUUUGGUCACUUGUUCAAUCCCUCUCAAAAGGAUGCUCUUGUUGAGGUUACCUAGAUGGUUGAGAACUAACUACUUCUGAUACAAGGGCCCUCAGGAGUCGAUAAAAUAUUAGUUUGUGCCCCAUCUAAUGCUGCUAUUGAUGAGAUUAUCUCAAGAAUAAAUCUAAAAGGUCUCGUUGGAAUGGAUUUGUAUUUAUAUACUUUAUCUUUAAUAUAUAUUUUUAGAAAGGUAGAUGAUUUGUACACUUUAAUGAUUAGAAUCGGUUCGAUGGAUUAUGAGCCGUCUCCAAAUGUUAAGCCUCAUACUCUAGACUAGAGACUAAUAGAGAUAUUAAACAGCUAAAUGUUACAUGAUAAUAAGGUGAAGAUAACUUAUGUUGAGGAAGUACUAGAACUACUGAAAAAGAAUGUAGCGCUCUCAGUAGAUGAUAAAAAUCAUAAGAAAUAUCUAUAGUCACUUGUGAAUUAAAAUUUGAAAAAGCUCAAAGAUUUCUUCAGAAAAAAUCCGACUGUAUAUGAUCAGAAGAAGUAUUUUUUACAGAUUAAAGAUAAGCUAGUCCUGCAAAACUCAAAGAUCAAGCAGAACAUGGAUGAUAAUCGCCAGUCAUAAGGAGGAGAUUGGAGGUACAUAGAGAAUCAAAUCAUACUUAAGUCUAAGAUAGUAUGUACUACUCUCUCAAUGUCUGGAAUCGAGAAACUUGAAAUCGCUAAGGAUCUAGUUGAAUAUCUUAUAAUUGACGAGGCCUGCUAAUGCAUAGAGCCAUCUACCCUCAUUCCAUUCGAACUAGGACCUAAAAGAGUGAUAAUGGUUGGAGAUUAAAACUAGUUGCCUGCUACAACAUUUUCUGAGAAUUCUGAUCGAACUAAAUUCAGUCGUAGCUUCUUUGAGAGACUUUUAGACAAUGGCUAUCAAAGGUAUAUGCUUUAAAUAUAGUACAGAAUGGAGCCAGUUAUUAGGAAAUUUCCUUCUCAGCAAUUUUAUGAUGAUAGAAUUUAAGAUGGGUCAUCAAUAUAAACCAGAGAUAAGCCUCAAGUAAUAAAGUAGAUAUGCGAUACUAUGAGUAAUAUGAUCUUUUUCGAUCUUUUAAAAUCCGAAGAGACUAUAUCCGAGACCUCAAAGUCAAAUCCUCAUGAGGCAUAGUUCACAUUGAAUCUUAUUCAAAUGCUCUGGUAACUCGUAAAAAAUUAAGGUCAGCAAGGCUUCCUAGCUUUGAAAGGCAAAAUAGGUAUUAUUACUCCUUACAAGUCGCAGGUAAGAGUAAUUAAGGAUCUACUAGGUCCGUGGCUAAGACAGAUAGGAAGCAAAUUAUAAGAUAUUGAGAUAAACACCGUAGACGCUUAUCAGGGUAGAGAGAAGGACAUAAUUAUCUUCAACUGUGUAAGAAGUAACAACUCCACAUAGAUAAAAAGCUCUCUUGGAUUUCUGAUUGAUAAAAGAAGAAUGAACGUAGCUAUAACCAGAGCCAAGUAUUUCUUGUUUGUAGUGGGAAACUCGAGUACCUUGAAAAGAGAGCCAACUUGGAAAGGAUUAGUUGAGUACUGCUAGAACCAGGUACAGAAUGGAUAUUAUGGGUUAAGCAACUAAAAUGAGUACGAUGUGAAAAACCUUUAAAAGUUAUUUUAAGGUGAUGCCGAUGUGAAUAUGUAGGUUGGAGGAGACCUGAUGACGGAAAGAAUGAAACUAAAGAGAAUAAAUGAGUUUGAUAAUGAAGACCAAAAUUCCUUAAAGAGAGCUCAUCAAUGA